CCCCUCCCCUCCUACAUCCAAAAAAUGCCCUCCGAAAGCAAAACAUACAUCCUAACCGGCGGUUUCUCGGGCAUCGGCCUGGCGAUCCUCACGCACCUCCUCACCCCAAAACACCCAGACACCCCACCACCCACAAUCCACGUCCUCGACCUCGCCUCCACGCCCCCAACCCUCCCCACCACCCUCCCAACCUCAACCGUCCACUUCCACCCAGACACCGACGUAACGUCGCGCGCAGGGAUUACCGCCCUAUUCGACCGGAUCCUCGCGCACUCCCCGCAGAUCGACGGCCUGAUCAACAGCGCGGGGAUCUGCCCGCCGCCAACAAUCGGCGGAAUUGAGAGCGACGAGGUCUUCGACCGGGUCCUGGAUGUGAAUCUGAGGGGAACAUGGAUCGUGGGGACGGAGUUUCUGAAGCACAUCCUGAAGCAGGAAGACGCGGACGCAGCGGCUGGAACACCCGGGGUUGCGGGCGGCAAAGGGGUUUGUGCGCGCGCCGCGAUCGUCAAUAUCGCGUCCACGGCGGCGAUCUCGCCCCCGCCGGGCAUGGUCGCGUACGCGACGAGUAAGUAUGCGGUGCUGGGGUUGACCAAGGCGUGGGCCAAGGAGUUUACGCCGCGGGGGGUGCGGGUGAAUUGUGUGGCGCCGGGGGGUACGCGCACGCCGUUGGUGGACUCGGCGUUGACGGAGGGGAUGAUCGAUGCGUAUGCGGAGAGCGCGCCGAUGGGCCGAUUGGCGGCGCCGGAGGAGAUUGCUAGUGUGGUGGGGUUUUUGUUGGAGGGUGGGGCUGGGUUUGUGAGUGGGCAGAUGGUAGUGGUCGAUGGGGGGUUUUAUUUGUGAGCUGAAGCUGGGGUUAUUGAUCCUUGAAAACAAGGAGGGGGGAAUUGGCUAUCCAGUCACUGCGUCAGAUUCGAGGAAAGAUAUGGGCUGAUCCUGUUGCUCUGGAUGCAAUACUGAACUACUUCGGUAGAGGUAUUGGUACAAACCCAGGCUGUCACCCUUCGGCCAAUCGGUGCACAUACAGCCAUAGAGCAAUCAAGCAACCCCUUAAUACGAUGUUGGAUGUGCACCAUAUUAAACACCAUGUUGCACCAUGGACCCGGUCCAUGGUUCUCGAAAAGCCAUUCCUGAUCCCUGGACGUUGCCGACCGUUCCUCUAUCAGGUCCACCCGAAGGUCUUCGGCCUCCUCUCUACUGAUCAGAUCAUCACCACCCAGG